ACGGGAGGCGGAGCCAGCGGCGCUGCCGGGUGCUGGAGGCGCCAUUGGAGCCGGCUUGGCUUGCGAGCUCCGCCGGGGAACCGGAGGUUGGGCUGCAGUUGCUCCCGCGUCUGCUCCAGGUCCCUGGCCCUUGAGCAACAUGGCGUGCGGGGCGACGUUGAAGCGGCCCAUGGAGUUCGAGGCGGCGCUGCUGAGCCCUGGGUCCCCGAAGCGGCGGCGCUGUGCCCCCCUUCCCGGCCCCACUCCGGGCCUCAGGCCCCCGGACGCCGAGCCGCCGCCGCCGCUGCUCCAGACGCAGACCCCACCGCCGUUUCUGCAGCAGCCCGCCCCGCCCGGUGGCGAGCGGCGCCUCCCAACUCCGGAGCAAAUUUUUCAGAACAUAAAGCAAGAAUAUAGUCGUUAUCAGAGGUGGAGACAUUUAGAAGUUGUUCUUAAUCAAAGUGAAGCUUGUACUUCAGAAAGUCAGCCUCACUCCUCAGCACUCACAGCACCAAGUUCUCCAGGUUCCUCCUGGAUGAAGAAGGACCAGCCCACCUUUACCCUCCGACAAGUUGGAAUAAUAUGUGAGCUUCUCUUAAAAGACUAUGAAGACAAAAUUCGGGAGGAGUAUGAGCUGAUCCUCAAUAGCAAACUAGCAGAACAAUAUGAAUCUUUUGUGAAAUUCACACAUGAUCAGAUUAUGCGACGAUACGGGACAAGGCCAACAAGCUAUGUGUCCUGAAGCUUUCUUUUGCAUAUCUGGGUACCAGGUUUGACCUCAAGAGAUGGCUGCUGUACACUUUUUGCAACUGGUUUGAUAUCACAUUUCAGCUCCAACUUUGCAUCCUGAGAACACUUAAAUGUUUCUGCAGGUCCAUUUUAUACAACUUGAAAGACCUUUAAACUUUCUGGUUGCCACAAGCAUAUCUUUCUUUUCUGCUCAUCCAAUAAACAGCUGUGCCCUACUGUGAGAUUUUCCAAACAAAAAUAUCUGGAGCAGCAGUUUAGCAAAAUAUGCCCUCAGUGGCACUCAACAAAUGGAGUUUCCCCAAGCACAGUUCUGUAAGAAGUGUGUCUGAGUGUGUGUGUAUAUGUGUGUGUGUGUUUUAAGUUAUUAUUUGUAUUGUGCAAAUUUUUUUGAUCUUGGGGUAUUCUGGCUGUGAAUUUGAUGCACGACAGUUAUGGUUAAAAACAUUUGCUCGGUCUACCGAAGAUCAUUAAUGUUUUGUGACCAUAUAAGUUGUAACAGUGGAUCAUUUUAUGUGUAGGUAUUAUUGUUAAAUACAGGGACUGUUUCCAGGCACAGAAUAUGAAUCAUAAGUUAGGAUGGAUAUUAUGUGAUUAUGAUGACAUAGCAAAGGUCUCUGGUCCUAGGUCUACAAAUAAUGUGGUAAGGAAUUAGGAUGAACUGGAGACAGGCCAUUUGAAACAUGGACUCUGUCUAGCUGUGUUAGAAAAAUACUUUGACUCCAAGCCUUAAAAUACCCAUGUGGAGUCUGUGCUCACCUCAUUCACACAAAGAGCUCCCUGGACACUGAACCUCUAAAAAGAAAGUCUCCCCUGGAGCAGGAGCAUCAGGGUUUGCUUGGGAGCAUAACAGGUGAGCAGAGGGCUGGGCUAAGCCCUGGCAGCACUGCUACUUAGGAGGAGCCACUUCACCUUUGUAUCGGUUAUUAAAUAGAAUUCGGAUCCUUGGUCAGGUUCCCCCAAAUUCUAAGAGGUGUCCGUGAUCAACUGCUUGAGCUUUGUUUUGGCAACCCCCUGCCCAAAGUUGCUUACAGACUGUUCUUCACCUUGUUUCCAAAGCUGAAGAACAGAAAGUGGCCUCUGUUUUGAGGAGGUGGUAAUUAAGUAUACAUUUAUUUUUUACUGUGACUUGUUCAGGACCACAUUGUACAAAAUGCCUUGUUUUCUUUAUUAUUGUUUCUGGAAAGGAAAGUUAUAUUAAAAUUGUUUUAGUUUGAAUAUAGAAUAGUUUUAUUAAUUAGGGCUUAUUUUGAAAAAAUUCUGAGUUGAAUUCUAAUGUAUGCCAAUACCUUCCAAAGUAAGGUAAUAUUCAGAGACAGUUGUUCUGAUCAGAUGGCUUAGAGAAAUUUCUGGAAUAUUCACAGAUUUCUUAUUAAUGAAUGUCUUUGACUUAAAUCUAACCAAAAACUGCAACAUUAUUCUUUGUACAUUUUCAUUAUAUAGUGUUAACAAGCUUAGUUGCAAACAAAUAAAAUACUUAAGCUAUU